GGAACUUCCGCUAUGAUUUAUUUUUUUAACUUCAAGUCAAAAUUAACUGUUGUUUAAGUUUACACAUAAAACAACAGCGAACGAAGUGUAGUGUAGUAAACAUUUCUUUAUGAUAAGAGGGAGCCAGCUUAUCUCAGAUUACAUAUAAUAAUUUACCUCUUUAAUAUUUUGUAUGUACAGUAGCAUGGAUAAACUAAAAAAGGCUCUUAGCGGUGAUGAUGAGGAAGAUAAAGGAAUUGUAACUCAGAAAGUCUCCAGUUUUUUUAGUUUUGACUAUCAAGAAAUAAGUGAUGCCUCAACACUGAGCUGGUCUACAAGGAUCAAAGGCUUUAUCAUUUGUUUUGCCCUUGGUGCUACUCUCUCUAUACUUGGAAGCUGCUUGUUUUUUAUCAGUAGCAAAGGACCAAUAAUAUUUGGUGUUCUCUACACAGUAGGAAACCUUCUCUCCAUCAUGAGCACGUGUUUUCUUAUGGGACCAUGUAACCAGCUGAAGAAAAUGUUUGCCCCAACACGUAUAUUUGCCACAAUUUUAGUAUUUGUUAUGCUUGUGCUGACCUUAGUAUGUGCUUUUGCUGUAAAAAUAGGAGCGUUGGUGAUUAUUUGCUGCGUUCUCCAGUUUUUGGCUCUUACCUGGUACUCUCUGUCCUACAUUCCUUUUGCCAGGGACGCAGCAAAAAAAUGUUUUGCUGCGUGCUUAGACUAGGUCCUCAGCCAUUGGUUAUUUAUCAGCUCCAUCAUGAUGUCAUCAGCUGUACAGUUCCACAUCCAAAGAAUAUUUACAGAGCUGGCACCAAGCCAUUGUUUUGUUUGUUUCCUUAUCUUCAUGGUUUGAAUGCAAUCUUAUGUUUGUCAAGAAGUUUAACUUUUUGUUAUGGCUUUUAUUCACAGAAAACUAGCUCACUUUUUCAUUUGUAUUUUAAAGAUUUAAAAAAAAUUGUUGAUCUGUAUACUGUGGUUGAUCUUACAGGAAUUAGUAAUAAUCUUGAGUAGAGAUGCAUUUUAGGUUUAAACAAACUUCACACUUUAGGGAACAGCUGUCUCUUUAUAAAAAAAAUGUCAUUGAAAAAUAAAUGACAGUGGUAGUUUAUAAAGAAAGAAAAGGACAAUUUAAAAAUGGACUAUUAUGUAAUUGGUUCACUCUAGAAAAUUAUUACUAACAUUGUUUCUCCAUGGAGUUCAAGAAAAUAUGUGAAAUGUAAUUGUCUAGUCUUGAUUAGGGUGAAUAUGAUAAACUAAACUCGUAUAUCUAUGUAUAUUUAAUAACAAUUUUACAUACUGAAGUUGUCAACUGAUUUUAUAUUGAAAUACAAAAAAUGAAUUGAUGCGUUAAAUGGGUUUUACAGUACAUCCUUUUUUUUUUAAAGUUUUUGUUACACCUUUUGAUUUUAUGUACCUUUUCUUAUUUAAAUAUUUAUUACAAUUUAUAUUUCAUUAACAUUGGAUGAUUGGCAAUUCUGUUUAGUACAAAUUACUUGUGCAUUUUUCUUUUUUAAAUUGGCAAUUGUAAUAAUUGUAAUUGUAUGAGCAAUAUAUGAUAGCUUUUUUUUAAUCAAGCAUCUUUUGCAUUUAAUUUUCAGUAACAAAAUAUGUGUUAAUCAGUUUCCUUAACAGUUUUCUUUCUGCACAAUCAGAGAAAGUAAUGGAGAAAGCACUGUAAGCCUAAUCAAAAUAUUUCAUCCACUGAAAAGGUCUGCUAUUUUUGUAUUUGUUUAUCAAAGUUUGGGUCAACACAGUGUGCCUUGCUGCCUGAUGUUUUGCAUCAUUGCAUUAUAAAAGAUUUUACAGAUUAUUUUCAGCUUUGUCCUUUUUACAGAUAAAUGUACUACUAAAUAUGCUUGUACCAAUAUUUGUCACCUUUAGUCUAAUGAACUAUUUUUUUAGAGCAGGACUUAAAACUUAUAAAAUAUUACAUUAAUUAAUCAAAUAUAUUUUUGUGUGUAAAUGAUUUAAAACAAAAUAUUCAAUUUACAAUGGAUGUUUUUGUGUAAUGAGAAAAUAAAGUAAAACUUAUUUUUGCCA